CUACACUAUUUGUUUACAGUUUGGGGGGGAUAAGCUGAAAGAAGGACCUGUCGACUUUUACAUGUGGGCCGCGCCUAGGAAAAGAUUUAUUCAGAUAAUCAUGACGACAGAAGCUGAUUUUCAAAAAUUUGUUGAUGAUGGAUACCUUAUAAUCAAGGAUUUCUUAUCAGAAGCAGAUAUAAAUGAAAUAGAACAGAAGUGUUAUGAUAUUGUUCAGGAGAUGAACCCCAAUGAGCAUACAUUACAAACAUUCUCAACUUCUGAAGAUGACCAAAAUAAGAAAAGAAACAAUUACUUCAUGGAGAGUGCAGACAAAAUCAGAUUCUUCUUCGAGAAGCAAGCAGUCAACGAGAAAGGUGAUCUGACCGUUGAUAAACACAAGGCUUUGAAUAAGAUUGGCCAUGCCCUGCAUGUCCUCGAUCCAGUGUUCAAAAAGGUUACACACUCACAGCUAAUUCAGAGGGUUGCAAAAAAUCUGGGUUUCAAGAAACCAGUAGUGGUGCAGAGUAUGUACAUUUUCAAGUCCCCUCAUGUCGGUGGAGAGGUUGUUCCUCACCAGGACUCCACAUUUCUGUACACAGAGCCUAUGAAUAUUUUGGGUUUCUGGAUACCAUUGGAAGACUGCACAUUGGAGAAUAGCUGUCUUCAUUUCAUUCCAGGCUCUCAUAAAAAUGGAGUCAGUCGCAGAAUGAUAAAGGCUGAAGAUGGUGUGUCCACAACAUUUGUGGGUCCACUUCUUGAAUUUGACAAUGAUAAAUUUAUUCCUGCUGAAGUUGAAAAAGGGUCUUUGGUUUUGAUUCAUGGAGAAGUUGUCCAUAAGAGUGAGCAUAACUACUCUGAGAAAUCCAGACAUGUGUACACCUUCCAUAUUGCAGAGACUGAGGACACCAAAUGGAGCAAAGAGAACUGGUUACAAGAGAGUAACAGUAUGAAAUUUCCACCUCUGUAUCAGUGAUUUGGUUCAUGAUCAUCUGGCAUUAAACCCUCUGUCCUAGUGAUGGUUAAUGCCCAUCUGUCACUUCCAUCAGUGACUUAAUUGAUGACAGUUUGCUAUUCUACCUCUAUAUCAGUGACUUGGUUGAUGACGGUUUGCUAUUCUACCUCUAUAUCAGUGACUUGGUUGAAAUAACCAAACAUACAUACAUUCAACACUGCAUACAUUUAGUUUAGUUGAAGGGAUACUUACAGUGGAGGAUCCAGGAAUUCAAAUUAGAGAAUUCACAAAUGGAGAGUCUACACCACCUCAGGCCCACCAUGGUUAGGGCUGAGGUAAGAACAUUUUUAAUAUGGCACCUAGAAAUGGCACUCUCAGACCUAAAUUUGGUUAGAAUUUUCCCCUUUUGUCCAUUUCAUGUAUAAUUUUGAAAAAUUUAGGGAAGGGCCCAGGUUGGCUCAGGGCCCCCCCCCCCUUCCACUGAAGUACAAGAUGUCUGGUAAUUCUUCUCAUCGAGGAAGAUGGUCAGUGAAGCGGUGGUGCCACAAAUUUGCUGACAAGGGGUCCGACAUGUCCAACAGAGGGGUCUGAACCAGGGGACAAAGUAGAGCCUUUGUCGAUUAGGAAAUCCCUGAUAGGGUUGAUGGGGAGAGUUUUUAUGGUUUAGUAUGGUCCAAAUUGGGCUUUUAAACUACAAUAUUAGGGAUUAGCAAUCAAAAUAAUGUUAUUGGAUAGGCAAAUUAUUAUUCUUAUUUUUGGUCUGACAACCUAGUUGUGGCGUCAGACAACAGGAGGGUCCAGGCCUGUCCCACGGGGAAAAAUCCCCCCCCCACCUCACCAAAUAUUGGUAACAGGUACAUGGUAGCUUAAAUGAAACUUAUUUUGAAACUGAGUUUAUAUUGAAAUAAAUGUGCUUUAUAUAUUGUACUAUCAUAAUAUUAUUAAUAAAUCUGUUUAUUAUUGCACCAAUGUCUUAUUGUGCAUUAAAUCAUGCAUUAAUUUGAGUUAGAAAAAAAUGUUUGUUAUGAUUUUACCGCCCAGACGCCGACACAUACGGUAUCUGGAAGAAAUAAUCGUGAUUCAUUAGAACAUAAUUAUAUAUAUGACAUUAUGCUUUGUUGGGAUUCACAAACAUUAAUUGAUUAUCUAAAAAUUAGAAUUCUGCCUUUCGUAAAAAAUGUAGUAUAUUAGCAACAAAAUUCAAAUAAUGGUACAGAGCAACACUAUUCAAAAGUUUAAUCAAUAUUUCGUUUAAAGAAAUAUCUUUUAUCAAUGUAUAAUUAUUGUUUUUAUAUCUUGGUUGUUUAAGUGAUUAUUCAUAUUCACGUUUUAAAUCAUGUAUAUUAGAUAUGACUGGUAAUUAUUGGCGUAUGUAGUCAUAAAUAAACAUUCUUUCUCAUAAUAGUGUUUGAAGCUUA